AUGCCUGGUCUCUUGGACAGCCUGGCCCGCAAGUACCUCCUCGCCCUCGCGGUCGGGUAUGGCGAGAGAGCCAAUGUCAACGCAACUGUCCACAAGUUCUCUGACAACUUCGACAUCGUGCUGUUCCACUACGAUGGACGCACAACAGAGUGGGACCAAGAGUUUGAGUGGUCGAAGAAGGUCGCUCAUGUCAGCGCCAGGAAGCAGACCAAAUGGUGGUUCGCUAAGAGGUUCCUGCAUCCGAGCAUUGUGGCGCCCUAUGACUACGUGUUCGUGUGGGACGAGGACCUCGGCGUCGACAACUUUGCUGCGGAACCGUACCUAGACAUCGUCAGGAGGCAUGGGCUGGAGAUCUCGCAGCCAGGGCUGGACACGACCAAGGGGCCGGCACCGACUUACUAUAUCACCGCCAGGAAAAACGGCAGCGAGAUGCACAAGACAGAUGCAGGAGGGGAGCAUUGCUCAAACGUGCACAAGCGCCCGUGCAGCGGGUUCGUGGAGGUGAUGGCGCCGGUCUUCUCCAGGGAUGCUUGGAGAUGCGUGUGGCAUAUGAUCCAGAAUGACUUUGUCCAUGCAUGGGGUCUUGACUCCAAUUUCUGGAGAUGCGUCGAUGAUCCCGAAGAGCAGAUCGGUGUCGUAGAUGCGCAGUACUUGGUUCAUCAUGCCGUUCCCACGCUCCAAGACCAGGGUGAGAAAGAAAAAGGAGGCCGUUUGGAGGUAAAAGCGCGUCAAUAUGAGGAGAUGUUUGCCUUUCGCUCUAGGGUUUCCCGUGCGGACAACGAAGUUGCCAACAGAACAUCAAUACAGAACUAGUUUGAGCGAUUAGUUACCAAAGGAUACAAUAUGGAAGUAAAUAAUUAAAAGUUUUGACUUCUUUGAAUAGAGAAGGAUAAGAUGCGGUAGGUGAUAAUACAUUCGUUCUUUAUAUUUGGAAUCAUCAAAUUUUUUGUUGCUUAUUAACACUAGUUCACAUGAUAAAUAUAUUCCUUUUCAUUUUUCAACAUUCGGUAGGAGUUUUGCCUUUAUUCGCCAUUUAUUCAUAUAUUGAUUGAUUUCUAAUGAUGAUAAUUAUAUAA